AUGCGUCGGGCGGCUGUUCAAGCGUUCCGUACUGCUCGGCGUGCUCCAGUAUGGAAGGUCACCACUAAACGGCCGUGCUCGCUCACUUACACCCACAACUCGGUCCGAGGCCUACGGUCAUAUUCGGGAGGCCGACGCCCGUCAUUAGCUCCAGCGGCCCUUCAGUCCUCCAUGCAUCUUCGCAGGUUCUCCCUUGCCGUUAUUUCAACCGUUGUUGCUUCCGGAGCCUGGUAUGCUUAUCGAGCGGACGGCACCGCGCAGUCACUAGCAACGCAGGUUCGAGGAUUCGCCGCGAGCGCAAUAACCUCUGCUCACGCCGAGGAUCCAUCAGAGUCGACCCGUCGCGCGCUCUUAGUGAGCAACGAUCAAUUCUAUACUGCAACGCUUUCCGGAGACCAGCCGUUAUCGAAGAACACAGACGAUUCGGACCGACGUGUCCUGGAGAUGUUGACACCGGAACAAGCCACGGAGAAGCUGCGCAAGAAUGAGGAGUCAUACUUGGUGAACAGAGGCAAGGGUGUUGUGCGAUACGACAUUGUUCAGGUGCCUAGCAACUCCCCUAUUGAAGACGACCAUGCCGAGAAGAUUGUCGAGGUGUCAUCAUCGACGGCGGCCAGUACGAACGGAGAGCCAAACAGUGAUUGGAUGUUCUGGGCAGUGUUUGAUGGUCAUUCGGGCUGGACCACAUCCGCCAAGUUGCGAAAUGUACUGAUCUCCUACGUUGCGCGAGAACUCAAUGCUACCUACAAGGCUGCUGCGGCCGACCCCUCGGUUCUUGUGCCAUCGUCCGAGGCAAUUGAUCAGGCAAUCAAACAAGGAUUUGUUCGUCUGGACAAUGACAUUGUGCACGAGAGUGUGGACAAGGUACUGAAAUCCAAGUCGCGCCGUAUGGCUGCUGAGCUCCUUGCACCUGCGCUCUCGGGAUCUUGUGCUCUCCUAAGCUUCUACGAUUCGCAAUCUAAGGAUCUCAAGGUCGCCGUUGCCGGUGACUCUCGCGCUGUUCUCGGCCGCCGCGGUCCCAAUGGAAAGUGGACCGCCACUGCCCUAUCUGAAGAUCUUACUGGCGGUACCCCUUCUGAAGUCAAGCGCCUUCAAGAGGAGCAUCCCGGCGAGCCUUAUGUUACCCGGAAUGGUCGCAUCCUGGGUGGUCUCGAGCCGAGCCGUGCUUUCGGCGAUGCUUUUUACAAGUGGAGCAGGGAAGUCCAAGAUAAGAUCAAACAGCAGUUUUUCGGCCGCACACCUCACCCCCUCUUGAAGACUCCCCCAUAUGUCACUGCUGAGCCCGUUAUCACUACCACUAAGAUUGACCCAUCUCAAGGCGAUUUUAUCGUCAUGGCCACUGAUGGUCUCUGGGAGAUGCUGAGCAAUGAGGAAGUAGUUGGCUUGGUUGGUCAAUGGUUGGAGCAACAGCAGUCUGGCAGCGGUGGAUCUAAGGCUUGGCUGCAAAGCUGGUUCAGUUUCGACAGCCAAAAGCAGUUGCCCGUGGAGCCAGCCAAGGAUCAAUCUACUGAGGGCCAGCGCCGUCCCAUCCGCCAACAGCAAUAUGAUAUCUCUGGUGCAGCCAGCCGAUUUGUUGUUGAGGACAAGAAUGCCGCUACUCACCUCGUCCGUAACGCCAUGGGUGGAAAGGACAAGGACAUGGUUUGUGCUUUGUUGACUCUACCUGCCCCAUACUCUCGCCGAUAUCGGGACGAUGUCACCGUUGAGGUUAUCUUCUUCGGCCAAGGUCCUGACACCCGUACUGGUACAGUUGAGAUCAACAAGGAAGCCAGCGCUUCGGAAGAGCCCCCCAAAGCGAAGUUGUAA